UCAAAUAAUAAAAGAACUCAAAAUGGCAAUGGCGUUCUCUCUCUUUCUUUCUUCCAUUAAAUCAAAUGAAUUGAGCUUUUAUUAUAUCUGGCAUUUUAGCGAAUAAGCAAACAAAAAGAAAGAAAGAAAAAAACAAGAAAUUUUUCGUUUUUUUUUUUCUUUCUUUGAAGGAAAAUGGAAGUGGAGGAUUUUGUUACCCCAACGGCUGCUUUUGAGAACCCACGGAGGUCAACCUCAUUGACUUCUUUGAGGAUUGCCAAUAGCGGUUCCCUUCGUAAUAGUUUUCUUUAUGCUAAGCUUCGUGAAGAACCCAUCAAGCUCUCUGUUCGCAAAUUGGAUGGAUCUUUCUUUGAUGUCGAAAUAUUAAAGAUGGCUACCAUUGCAGACCUGAAGCUUGCAGUGGAGCAUGUGUUUAGUCAAAUGCCAGAUCAAGGGCUCGGCGAGAUUUCAUGGCCGCAUGUUUGGGGACAUUUUUGCUUGUGUUAUGAUGCUCAGAAGCUGGUUUCAGACACUGAUCAGGUCGUAAAAUAUGGCAUCAGAGACGGUCAUCAGCUUCACUUUGUUAGGCAUGUCUCCUCCGUAUAUAACCUGACAAAGACUCGAUCAAAGAGGAGUGUUGCUCGAAAACGACCAUAUCUAAUAAAAUCAACCUCAAUCUUAAAAAGCACUCUAAAAAGUAAAGAGAACGAUGAAGAAGUCUAUGCCUUGGACGAUGAUAUAGCAAACCAAAGAUGCCAUAGCCUCAAGAAGAACCAUAGCUUCAAUGAUAAUAAAUAUCAAAGCCCUAUAAUACCUAAAGAAUGCCAAUUUCGUCACUCAUGGAGAGGCUUUUAUUCAUAUUCAAGGAUGCCAAGCAUCAAAAAUAGAGCAACAUCUAGCAAAGGUAGGGCUUUCCAUUCAAAAUAUAAUUGUGGUUUUUUGGGUAAGUUUAGGAAUAUCAUACAUAUGUGGGAUAGUGCAAAGUGUGCACUAGUGAGGCAGGACUAGGCUUGCCCAAAUGCGGCGGCGCUGUUAUUGUUGAUUUGGUUGGGAAUAGUAGCGGAACAUGACGGAACGGGAAUUUACUUCAUUCAUCAUUUUCUUUGUCUCCAAUCUUGCAUGGAUAUUGAAAAGAAUUUGGUUCCAUAAAUAUAAAUUACAUAAAUAAUUGCUUUAUUUAA